GUAAGAGUUGAGAAUAUGUGUUAGCACCAGAACAUUCUUCUUUCUGAUGAUAGCACAUCGUUAGGCCAAUAAUCCAGCAGCUGCAGUUGUUAUUGGGAUGUCACACCAAAAGCCAGGAUCAACAGCACUGCACUUCCAACUUGACUCAUGAGACCAGAAAAGGAUUAUCAUAAAACCAGCUUUUCAAAUCUCUGGUUAUGGAGAGCCGCCUGCUCAUUCCGCUCUACAUUAUUUCAUUCUUCCAAGCGUCAGGAGCCAGGCAGAAUUCUUCAGUUCUGGAUUGUUUAUAUGACUCAUUUGAGACAGUCAUUUGCACCUGGAUCCCUGUGAAAAAUGCUACGAAAGGGCAAUGCCAACUCACUGCUUCGGUCGAAUAUGGGAAACCACCUACGACAUGUCAAAUGAAUGGCACAACUAUAAGGAGCUGUAAGCUGAUUCUUGAGGAUUACAGCUUGACUAUUGUGGACACCAUUCUCUUCGUUGUGUCUUGCUAUACUGGGGAGAAGUGGACAGAGAUUCAUAAUCAGACAAUGAAACCAUUUCAGAACAUCCAGCUUCAGCCUCCUUGCAACUUUCAACUGGCAAAUGCCCACAAGCCUUCCUACAAUUUAACAUGGACACUUUGUGUUGUCUCCCACUACCUACAUGAAAAGCUGGAAUACGAAAUACGGUAUAGAGCAACUUCUCAUGGUGAGAAUGACACAAUCCUGCCCAUAAUUCAGGAUCAGAAAUGGCUAGUAUUGGAGAACCUUUCUCCUGACACAGUGUUUGAGGCAGCCAUUCGUGUCAAAGUAAAACAGAUGAAAUUUUACAACAGCAUAUGGAGCAGAUGGAGCAUGCCUCCUUUAAGAUGGAGGACAGAUCCUAAAGCACCACCACAAAGUACAGUCCUUCCAGUUAUUGUAGCCAGUGUCGGCAGUUUCAUCAUUUCCAUCUGCAUCAUAUUCUUGCUGAUAGUAUCUCCAGCAUCAAAACGUUUUAGAAAGAAGUUUAAUAUCAAUUUGCCAGAUCCAGCUGAGUUCUUUCCAUCUCUCACUAGUAUCCAUGGAGGAGAUAUCCAGAAGUGGUUGUCCUCCCCAGCAUCCAUUUAUUCCUUCCAUAUUACAGCUGAAGCUUCCAAUGUCUCUAUGUUAGAGAUAAUGCAGAGUUGCAGCAAGAACUCCUAUCUUCUCCCUCCUAAGGAAUACUUCGAAAAUAUUGAGAACAUAACAGAGACCAGUGGACAGUCCUCAAGCAGCUGUUUUACAAACCGUGGCUAUUUCUUAUUCCAUCAUCUUGAUUCCCUUGAGAUUGAUUCCUGCAAGGUGUAUUUUACCUAUGAUGCUUUGACUCAUAGUGAAAAUAGUGAUUCCUAUUUCCACAAAGCGCUCCAUGAUGAAAAUCACAAUAUCGCAUUAUCUACCAACAUCAUGAGUGACCAGGAAAAUGAUGCUUUUCUUCAAGGUUAUUCAAGAGGCAGUCUUCCAUCAGGUGGUGACUUCCCAAUAGCAUCAACAGUAGAACAGAAUGAGAACACAGAAGAGAGAAUUCCUCUUGCCUUAUCUUCAAAAUCCCCUGAGCAGUAUUCCAUAGAUGAUUCAAGCGAGCCAAAAUCAUCUAGCCACAAUACUGAUGGAACAGAAUUACUCAGAAAUGAAGACUUAUCUAACAGUGUUAUGGGAAAUGACAGGUUCAUGUUUUUAAAUCAAGGCCAAUCCAAUGAUAUCUGCAGAACUGCAUCCUCCAGCCAGAUCCCCAGUUCCUCAGAAGCCUAUUUGUCCUUGCGGGAUCUUCAGAGACAUUAUAGUCAUCAUUCUGUCUAAGUCCACAAUAGGAAGCCUCUUUUGAGAGCAAAUUAGUUUCUUUAUCUAUAUAUAUAAAAGCCAAAUACCACUCAAUCAUCACAAGAUCUCCAGAACUGUAAAGCC